CACUGCACCACCACAUCACUACACCACUCUUCAGACGACAUCCAGCACUACACGGCGGACGACUGCCAGGUGACGCCGGUGAUCCACGUGCUGCAGUACCCGGGCUGCGUCCCGAAGCCGAUUCCGUCGUUUGCGUGCGUUGGCCGCUGCGCCAGCUACAUCCAGGUGUCCGGCAGCAAGAUCUGGCAGAUGGAGCGGUCCUGCAUGUGCUGCCAGGAGUCGGGCGAGCGCGAGGCGUCCGUGUCGCUCUUCUGCCCCAAGGCCAAAAAUGGCGAGAAGAAGUUCAAAAAAGUAUGGCGCAUUUUGAUCCCGCGAGGAGUUGGAGAGCUUUUUGUUGGUGUUUUUUGGUGUUGUUAUGGUGCAUGUUUGAACGAUGCUUAAUU